AUGAUUGUAUACCGCGAAGCAAAAGAGGAACUGCCAACUCGUGGUCCCAAAGCUUCCGAGCCGUCAAAUGUCAUUGAAGCUGAGGAGUUUGAGACCAACGAACAGGCUGAAAAUGAGUUUGAGGGUUAUGACACUGCUUAUAGAUACGAUCAUAACACUGUCAAUAUUCUUGACGAUUGCCAUUUUGACCCCGAGCUGGCUGGCAACUUUGACUGCGACGAACACGCCAACCAGCAGACCAACGAGCAACCCACUGGCGGAUGCGCUUCUGAUACUUGUAGUGCACCCACUACAGCAUUAUCUGACUUUACCAUGUUAGCCCGUACUCCAUGCUCUUCUGGGAUCACUGUGGCCAAGGUUGUGACGGAAGCUCGCCGUCAAGUUAACCAUAUGGUAAUGGAGUUUAUGGAUAACCCUGGGUUUAAUAUCCCCGCCAGUAAGGUGGUCACUGAUCUUUGCGAACAAUUUAUAAGUCAUGUCAAUAAGCGCCACGCGGCUAUUGCUUUGCCGUCUGGUGCCCUGCCUGUUGGUGGGACCAAUGUGCCGUCGCUGACACCCACAUGCGCUGUCAAUUGCAAUGACACCGGUGCUAGCUCUUUUAAGUCUCCUCCUGCACUCCAGAUGCUUUGA